AUGCCGCACAUCGACUCUGACCCUGCUGAGGGUCCUGAGGCUUCUGGGGGCCUGACGAAGCUUCCAUUCCCCCCCGUCACUCCAUCUCACAUUCUACAUUGCUCGUAUCAUUACUGGCACCCUUUGUACCGUACUAGCACGCCCAAAGCUCGCCUUAUCCCCCUGACAGAUGCCUUCAUUUCCUACCUUCGCGCAGACGGAAUCGUCCUUCCGCCAGAUCAACCAGCCCGUUCUACCUUCACCAACGACGACAGUGGUUUUGAAGAUUCUGAUGACGAACAAGAUGAUGAUGAAAAUGAUGAUCCUUCGACCGCUUGGCCCGAAGUUCACAAUCAGAUAAAGGACACUAUCCAAGAACUGGGCGGGAAAGUAACGCCAAAGCUGAAUUGGAGUGCGCCAAAAGACGCGACGUGGAUUGCCGUCACAAACGAUCUCCAAUGUCAGGCUCCAAAUGAUAUCUACAUGCUUCUCAAGAGUAGUGAUUUUAUCACUCACGAUUUGGACCACGCUUUCGACGAUACAGACCCUGAGCCGAGCGAGUCGACCAAUGAGCCAGUUUCCAAAAGCCCGGAUGUUCCGAAAAUCCCAUACCACCUCGUUCUCCGCAAAUACUUCAAUCUCAACCCGUCGUUGGAAUUCCGGUGUUUUGUGCGUGACCGAAAACUCCUCUGUCUGUGCCAGCGAGACUUGAACCACUUUGAUUUCUUGUUUCCUAUGCGAGAUAUGCUACGAUCUCGGAUACAAUCGUUUUUCGACGACAAACUCAGAGAUACGUUUCCAGAUCGAAACUUCGUCUUCGACGUCUACGUCCCCCCGCCUCAUGAAAGGGUUUGGCUUAUCGAUAUCAACCCGUGGGCGAUUCGAACAGAUCCUUUGCUAUUCAGUUGGAUGGAAAUUCUCACCAUGAAGGAACCGGCUCCAAUCGAGGAAGAGUUUGUUAGACUUUCGCUCAAGAGUGACAACGGAGAUCUGGCAGGAGAUCAUCAGGAUCGUUCAUCAGAAGCCGGAGACGAUAGCGCUUCUGACCAAGAAGAGGAUGACGAGGAAGAUUCGGAUGUGGAGGAUUUGUCUAUAUUCCCGGAGCUUCGACUAGUGAGACGUGACGAUCCUGAAGCUUAUGGUUUCACCUCGCCUCAGUAUUCUGCUCACAAACUGCCUCGAGACGUGGUUGAUGCUUCACAGGCGGGCCCAGGAGGUAUGGAAUCGUUCAUGCGUCAGUGGCAGGAUCUCCUUGCCAAAGAGCACCAGCGGCAACAAGACGAAUCGAGUGAUGGCGAAUAA